AUGUUAGGAACUAGUGGUUGGGUGAGCAAAUGCAAGGAUGUUUUGAAAGCACUAGAGGAGUAUGGAUGCUUCGUAGCUGUUUAUAAUAAUGUUCCCCUUCAACUACAUGCAGACUUCUUUAACGUACUAGAAGAAUUGUUUGACCUUCCUCUUGAGACCAAAAGGAAAAAUGUUUCUGAUAUUCCUUUCGCUGGCUACGUUGAAAUAGAACCCACCCGGCCUUUCUACGAAUCCAUGGGAAUCAGUCAUGUAGAAACGCUCGAAGGAAAUCAAGAUUUCACAAAAACCAUUUCAACAAAAACGCAUUGGCCUAAAAGGCAAAAUUGUCCAUUCGUUCUUCUCAAAAGGCAGUGGAAGAGCUUACAUAAAAUGGGUGGUGAAAGAAUGAUCUUCGAUGGUUAUGGGAAUGGAGAAAAACUAUCAGAUUCCCAUAAUGGGAAUCGACCAGCUUUACUUUUUCGAAGAUAG